CGAGAACGCUGACCGGUUCGGAGACGAGCUGGGCUACUUUGGAUUAUCUCUUCUUACUUUGUCCGCCAUCAACAAACUAUAGUACCAUUUCGGAUACGACACUUUGGCACCUCCGUGUUGAACUAGACGGGAUAAAGUGGACUAUUACGACUUUCUGGCUUUAAUUCGCGGACGUUUGGAUGUUCGCUUCGACACCAACCGAACCGCAAACGUUUGAAGCGUCCCAUGCGGUAGACGGUGACCGGCAGCAUCACACUCCCUUACCGCCUGGAUAAGGGCUCCGUCUAUCGCUUGGGUUGGAGGAAGUAUGACCGCGCUGGCCGGGUCUAUCCCCAGAAUGAUGCGACCCACGCUGGCUCAAAACUACCCGCGCAGCGGCUUCCCCCUGGAAGUGUCAACGCCGCUGGGUCAAGGCCGCGUGAACCAGCUCGGCGGAGUAUUCAUAAAUGGCCGACCUUUGCCUAACCACAUCCGGCAUAAAAUCGUGGAGAUGGCCCACCACGGGAUCCGGCCGUGCGUCAUCUCUAGACAGCUCCGGGUGUCCCACGGCUGCGUGUCCAAAAUCCUGUGCCGAUACCAGGAGACGGGCUCCAUCCGACCGGGGGCCAUCGGGGGCAGCAAGCCCAAGCAGGUGACCACGCCGGAUGUGGACCGGAGAAUUGAAGACUACAAGCGGGAAAACCCGGUAACCUCCAUCAGUCGCGUCAUUAGGAGCAAGUUUGGGGGUAAAGUGGAUGUAGAAGAAGAGGAUGAUGAGGAUGAUGGGGAGAAGAACGGGAUGGAGGACAGUGACCGCAGGGCCAAACACAGCAUUGAAGGCAUCUUGGGCGACAGAUCAAGUCACUCAGAUGAGGGUUCAGACGUGGAGUCAGAGCCUGACCUUCCAUUAAAAAGGAAACAACGGCGCAGUCGGACCACGUUCACAGCAGAGCAGCUGGAGGAGCUGGAACACGCUUUUGAGAGGACCCACUACCCUGACAUCUAUACCAGGGAGGAGCUUGCCCAAAGAGCUAAACUAACGGAGGCCAGGGUGCAAGUCUGGUUCAGCAACCGGCGAGCCAGGUGGCGGAAGCAAGCGGGAGCCAAUCAACUAAUGGCCUUUAAUCACCUGAUCCCAGGAGGUUUCCCACCGUCAGCCAUGUCCAGUAUUGCCCCUUACCAGCUUUCUGAUAGCACCUACCCAUCUUCAUCUAUAGCACAAGUCGCUGACCCGCCCAGCACGCUACAUCGGCCACAGCCUCUUCCUCCCUCCUCAGGCCACCAAGUGUCAAGUAGUGGAGGUCAAGGCGAAGGAAGUUCUGCCUACUGCCUAGCCUCUGGGCGCCACUCCUUCUCAGGAUACUCAGAAAGCUUUGCGAGUCCAGGGGGCCCAGCCAAUCCCAUGAACCCAGCCAUUGGAAAUGGACUCUCUCCACAGAUGAUGGGUCUGUUGAAUCCCGGUGGUGUUCCACAACAACCUCAAAGUGACUACGCCAUCUCACCCCUGACUGGGAGUCUUGAACCGCCUGCUGGCAUAGCCGCCAGCUGUAGCCAACGAAUGGAUCACAUCAAAGGUCUUGAAGGUCUGACCAGCGUCCCCUCCAUGUCAGCUCUGCCUUCCCUGCCCAGUUCCCAGUCCUACUGCCAUGCCUCCUACAGCUCCCAGGCCUACACAGUCGACCACAUGGCGUCCUACCAGUACGGCCAGUACGGACAAAGUAAGGUGCCUUUCCUUAUCUAAGGCCUGAGAUCGCCUAAACAGAAGCCGACUCAUCGAUGGGACCAAAGCCAAUUAGGACAUUACAAUGACCGCGUCUUGUGGAGGACACAUAAGAAGGGACCGCAAGAAGAAUAUCAGACCAAAAUCUGUGGACAUUUUGUCACGUCAGAACGAAGAUGGAGAGCACAGAUACCAGCGCUUAUCACUUCCUAAAGGCCUCGAGCCCACUCCUUUUUUGAAGACGGCCAACCUCAAACCUAAGCACAAGAAGGACAUACUUUAUGAAAUUCCAUGUAGCGCCAAAUUCAUCGUUUCUGCCCAGAGGGAAACGGAAAAAGGGCUUUGCUGAUUUUAUCUUCAUGCCAUUUAUUUGAGGACCCACAGAUGGAGAGAAAUUCUAGAGGCAAAGAAAGCAAAGAUGGGGAAAAUAAGUACGCAGGGUUAUAUUACAUCGGAAACGCUAGCAUAUUCCAUUUUAGCACAACCCCCCCUCUUUUCCUCUUCUGUCUUCCUCCCUGUCUCUCAUUGACGUUUUGGUCGGCGAGGCACGGACUCUUGGCCUUUUGUAGUCGCGCACGAGGUCAGGGGUGACGUGAGGGAAAGUGACAGAUGAGAGAGCGGCGGAGGAGAAGGGUCUUUAAAAGAAAAGAGAGGCUUGAUAGGCAAGAUCGAUCACAGGCCUAACCCUUUUAAAGAUCUUCUUCCUCUUCCCACAAAAAGCCGGCAGGUCACGAGUCACGACCACGAGACACUUGAGCGGGCAAAGGAGCAACGGCGUUUGGAUGGAUUCUCACAGCUGAGCGGACGUGCAAUAACAUCCACGGUGUUGCGGAAGAAACACUUUUCAUUGGACGUUUGCGCGUAAAGUGAACACCAGUCUAUAUUCAACACGUCUGCUAUGAUAGGGUUUUAAUCAUUUUCUCAAAAAUCAUAACACUUAUGACUUUUGAGCACAUUCCUUUUUGUGUGAAAUUAUACUGUCAUUUUUGUCAGCCCUUCGGUUUCAUUAUCUUGUUUUUUUUUAGGGGGAGUUUAUUACAGUGGAACCCGUUUAUGUCAACAAUCUGACCACCAUGUUUUUAUCAUUUUUAUAUAAAACGUGUUAAGUCGACAUCAGCCAAUUGGAUUGUUUCUAUGAAAAAAGGGCUUUUUUUUAACCUUUUAUUUAAUUUUGUUUACAUGGGAGUCCUUCCCAUACUUGCCAACCCUCCCGAAUUUUCCGGGAGACUCCCGAAUUUCAGUGCCUCUCCCGAAAAUCUCCCGGGACAACCAUUCUCCCGAAUUUCUCCCGAUUUCCAGCCGGACUUAAGGCACUCCCCCUCCAGGUCAGUGCGGACCUGAGUGAGGACAGCCUGUUGUCACGUCCGCUCUUUACUUCAUACUUCAGAAGCG